AUGCCCAGCGUCCCCUUCCUCGGCUCCCUGUUCGGCGGUCGGCAGUCCAGAGACAUGACGGACUACCCGGUCAAGAAGGGCGAGGACGAGUGGCAGGCCGUGCUGUCGCCGGAGCAGUUCCGGGUCAUCAGGCAGAAAGGGACCGAGGCGCCCUUCACGGGGGAGUACGAUCGGCACAUGCCGUCCGAAGGCACCUAUGAAUGCGCCGCCUGCCACACCCCGCUCUACCGCGCGACGCACAAGUUCAAGUCCGGCUGCGGCUGGCCCGCCUACUUCGACUCCAUCCCCGGCGCCGUGACCCGGCACACGGACUCCACGUUCGGCAUGGCGCGGACGGAGAUCCUGUGCAGCAAGUGCGGCGGCCACCUGGGCCACGUGUUCAAGGGGGAGGGCUAUCCCACGCCGACGGACGAGAGGCAUUGUGUCAAUAGUAUCAGUUUGAAGUUUGCGAAGGAGGACCGGGAGGGGAAGUCCGGGGUGUGA